AUGGCUUCCACUAAUGCAAGCGUCAAGCGAUCGGUUCUGAUAACUGGUUGUUCCGAUGGCGGAAUAGGUGCCGCCCUCGCUGUGGCCUUUCACAACGCGGGCUUGAACGUUUACGCAACCACUCGAAAUCCUGACAAGAUGAAGCACCUGGCGUCUCUCGGAAUCAAAACCCUCACUCUGGAUGUGCAAUCCGACACGUCUAUUGCCGACUGCGUCAAACAAGUUCCCUCUCUCGACAUCCUCGUCAAUAACGCUGGCACUCAGUUCAUCAUGCCAAUCGUCGACAUGGAUAUUGCUGCGGCAAAGAAUAUCUUUGAUCUGAACCUAUGGUCUCAUAUUGCUGUCACACAGGCAUUUCUACCAUUGUUUCUCAAAUCAUCCAACGCCAUGGUGGUAAAUCAGACAUCUAUCGGCGCUGUUGCCACCGUGCCUUUUCAGGCUAUAUACAAUUCAUCAAAAGCAGCUAUGGCCAUGAUGUCCGACACACUACGUCUAGAACUUAAACCAUUUGGCAUCAAAGUGGUGGAUCUCAGAAGCGGCAUCGUCAAGAGCAACUUGGUCCAGAACGCGCUACUAAGGAAGCCACCUAUCCUACCAAAGGAUUCCAUCUAUGAGCCCGCCAGGGAUAUUCUGGAAGCAGCCAUGCGCCAAGAAGGGUACGAAGGACAGGGUUCGGAUUCUCAGGAUUGGGCAGACGCUGUUGUGCGUGAUUUGCUGAAGAAAAACCCGCCGCCUGUCAUCUGGCGUGGUGAGAUGGCCUGGUCAGUUUGGUUUGGCAGUUUCUUUCCCACUGGAUGGUUGGAUGGGAUUGCCAAAAGAUUGGCUGGGCUUGACAAGGCAGAGGAGGUGCUGAGCCGCGCAAACAAGUCAUAG